AUGAAAAAGAAGGCGUCUGCCCGUGCCGCGAGUUCCGGGCCUAGUCAAGACGUUCCUCCACCUAUGAAGCCUCCUCCCGCCCGGGUGACGGUGGCCGUCCGCGGGCCAACUAUAGGGGUCAGUGGAAGCACCAAUGUGGCCGUCCAACAGGGGGAAGGGACCUCCGUUCCUCCUCCAUCUCACAACACUCCCCUCGUCAAUUUAACCGGCUCGGCGACUGCUGCUCCGGUUGUUGAAAUUCCCUCUGAGUCCGCGCCCGUCACUACGUCGGGGCAUCGGAAGAGGAAGUCGCGGAAAGGGGGGAAAUCUUCCUCUAAGAGGCACCGCCGUGAGGGAAAGGAGCCGGUUACUCCUCUGUCAGGCGGCGUUUUCAGCCCGGAUUACAAUGUGAGCCAUUUUAUUGAGUUCAAUCGGGGGCCGACCUAUGUUGCUCUACUGGAGUCUUUACCGGGUAGAGUUAUGUUGGACUCCGUGUCCGAAAUGGCUAACCGGACGGCGGCCAUGAUUGACUAUAUACGCGAACAUGGGGAUGUUCGAGGAUCCGGCGAGGUGAAGGAGCUGUUGAAUGAGGAGGAGAAAAAGGCUAAGGCCUUGGAGGAGGAGUUGGCGGGCGCCAGAAAGGCUCUGGAGGACGAGAAGAAGCGGUCGGCCGAGAAGCUUCAGGAGACAACCCAACUGCUUGAGGAGGAACAGAAGGCGAAGGCUGUUGCUGAAGAGAACCAGAGGCAGUUGGAGGAAGACGUUGCGAGGUUGAAGGAGGUGGAAGAGAAGCUUCAAGGCCAGACGGUAGAGCUGCACACCGAGCUGAAGAAACCGUGUGCAGAUCUUAAGACGGCCGAGGACAAGAUAAUAUCUUUGAACGAUAGUCUGGUGGCGGAACAUGAGGAUGGCUUUUACAAGGCCAUCCGUCAAGUGGAAGUUCUGAUGAAGGUCGAGAAGCCACUCUCUCUUGGGUUCGACAUUUACAAGGACGUGUAUCACGGUGUCUUAAUGGAUAUUAAGGACCCGGAGGUGGCCGAAGCUGGCGAGGAGACUGCUGAAGGAGAUGGCGAGCAGGUUGAAGUAGUCGGAUCCGCUGUCGAUCCUCAUGAAGUAUAGUUUUUUUCUUUUUAUAUUUACUAAGUUAGGGACCAUUCGGUAUCGGCCGGAAUGUAAACAGUGGA